AUGACGAAGCCGAAGAAGGCGAGCGCCGUUGACAAGGCGCCACGGAGGGAUCCGUUGGCGUCCUUGAAAAUGGCGGAUAUGGUCAUCUCAAAACCAGCUCUUCCAGCAGAGGUACUGGCCGCGGUGGUUGAUUACCUAGAUGUUCCCGAUUUGCUUCGAUUUGCUCGAACAUCACGUCGUAUGCAUGAAAUGGUCUAUGACGACGCAAGAUGGAUCCAAAGAUUGCGGAAGAUGGGAUGUUGGAAUGACACAGAAGCCAGGAGAAGAGCAGAAACCCUCGAGACACCUACAACUCCAGGUCGAAGACAGAGUACAAUAGAUCGGAAUAUGAUCAACGGAAAAGGUAGACCUGACGUCCUUUUCGAUGUCGAUUCUUCUCCGAUUGCACAGCGACAUCAAUCGAACUUACUUUCGCCACGUCGGCCUCGACCAGUUGGUACGGAUGGAUUUGACAUGGUUGAAUUGUCUGGCCCUCAGCCCGUCGGCUCACCUGGAUUGCCGGUUGACCGGGAAGCUCCUCUAUUAGCCUUUCAACGAGUCAAAUCUAUAAGGGAACAAGCUAGGCAAGAGUAUGGCAAGAUUUACAAACUGCUGGCGCCAUACUAUAGAGACCUGCUGUCGGUCUCCAACCCCAUGGAAGGUCGCAUUUUCAAACAUUUCGCCGCUCCUGACAAACAAGCACAGCUUCUAGUCAAUGUGCGAAUAUUCUCAGCCAGUGAUUUCUCUCCUGGAUCAGGGGCUCGAGAACGGCGACUGAUGGAAACUGUCGAGCGGUUCGACACGGAGGCGUUGCUCGAAUUCCGGAAAGGGUAUGAAUAUAAGGACAUCCAAGGAAGAAUGCGUCAGUAUGCGCGUGUGAUGCAUACUCUGAACGGAGGGAAGAGUGGCGUGGAGUUGUACCUACAUGACAACAAGCUCAUCACCGGCAAAGCGACUCUCGGCAGUGUGUCAGACUGUAUCGACUACUCUUCAGGUUACGGUCAGCUUUCUCUCGAAAGGGUCCGAGGCUAUUUCGAAAGGCUAGGAAACGCGUUUAACCAGGAGAAUGCCAUUAUUCAAGCCGUCUUUCCCAACGCUGAAGAGGUCACCAUGCUGCUUCUGGAGAAGGUCGCCAAGGAGAUUCUCUCACCUUUCUUGUCGUCCUUAUUCGAAGACGCCUGGACUCGGGGAACAUCCAUAUAUCUUCGAAUCAUAUCGGGGACAUUUGUCGGGACCCGGCAAUUCAUUGAAAACUUCGCCAUAUCCAAGGACGUGGACGAAAAUACCCUAUCGCGAUGCAAUGCACUCAUAUCCGAGAUAUUUAGCCCGCAUAUCGAAACAUAUUUGGCCGAAGAAUUAGCGUUCUUUCGACAAAAGGCUGAAUCUGAAGUUGAGCAGUGGGAUCGAGCUUUGUCAGAACAAGCAGCUUCAACAGAAAGUUUUCUCAUGUCCAACGUCAAUCGACAAGCAGAUAAAAAGGACUUCCUAUCGUCAUUCAAGAAGGUGGUCAUGAUGCCAGUGAACAUCUUGCCGAGUUUCUCGGGAUCUUCAAGCAACAAAACAGCCGCCAAAUCUCUUCCCAAUGGAGAAGCGACGUCCUCAAGACCUUCCACUCCCAAUCCCUUUGCUCCAAGAGGUGUCACCCAAUCUCUUCCCGUCGAGGCACCAACAUCUGAGCUCGCUGCCAAGGCCGCUCUCAUGAAUGCGAAAUUUGAAAACAUCCGAUCUCUCUUCUCCAUCGAGGUAGCAUUGAACCUCGUCCAUGCAGCCAAAUCUUCCCUCGAACGCGCCGCUCAAUUCGUCGCCUUGGGAGGCGAGGCGGGUGAAUCUGCACGAAAUCAAUGUUCAGCAAUUUUCCUCCUUCUCCUUCAAUCUGUAGGAGUACGCCACAUCAAGGCUGGCUUUGACAAAGCCAUCGACCAUCUUUCACUGUACAAUCCACGCGACAGUGAUAUCAACAAUGUCGACCGAACCUCGACCACCGCCGUCCAAGUGGCACCUCUCGUUACCUUCCUCGAACUCGUCAAUGUCGGAGAUCUGAUCCAACAGAUGCUGGACGUCUUCUACGAGUCAGAGCUCGUCCGGCUUCGUAUCUCUAACCGAGAUGACUUUCUCGACAUCAAUGUCAAAGAAAAGAAGAAAUUUGAAGCCAUGCUGGACGAGCGCGUCGCCGCCGGCCUGGGCAAGGGAAUUGACGUCCUCAUCGACGAGGUCGAAUUCAUUUGCGCGACAACUCAGCUUCCCACCGAUUUUUAUCCCGAACUCGCCCUGACGUCAGAAGGGACUGUGCCAGGCCUCAAACCUGGCGCCAUGGUCAUGGACUUUUCAGACCAACCGACAGCAACAGCUUCGCGAGUGAUUUCCCUUGUAUCACAUCACACGAGCAUGCUCACUGGCGCAACCGAGAAGACUCUUCUGGACGUUUUUACUGGAGAAGUAGGUCUGCGCCUCUUCACCACCCUGACCAAGCAUAUCAAACGGCAGCGGAUUUCGACCACGGGCGCACUUCCGCUCCUCUCUGACCUCAGCGCGUACGCGAAUUUUGUGGCUGGGUUCAAAAACAACGACCUCACUUCGUACUUUGUCGCGUUGAGGGAAGUCGCGCAGAUCUACUUGAUUGGUGGCGAGUCCGAGCGAGACGUCGCUGAGAUGGCGAUGAUCAUCUCUGAUGCUGAGCGGUAUAAAGGCGUCUUCACGACCGAGGAAGUCGUGGAGUUUGCAGAACGACGCAGUGAUUGGCUAGUCGUCAGAGCGAGGGUCGAGAGACGGGUUCAAGGUGACAAUUGUCUUGUUAUGUGA